CGACAAUGAAGACUUUGGUAUGCAUCGGAUUCCUGGCAUGCACGUGCGUGGCGUACGCCUGGGCGCUGCCCGUGGAGGUGCAGGCGGUCAGCGCCGACGCCGUGGCGGUGGUGCCGCAGGACGACGCUGAGACCCUGGAACCCGCCGAGACACACUGGCGGCGGUUCGGUGGGCACCGCGGCUGGAGAGGACGUGGCUUCGGCGGUGGAUACGGCGGCGGGCACGGCGGCGGCUAUGGCGGCGGAUACGGCGGAGGCUACGGGGGUGGCUACGGCGGCGGCCACGGUGGGGGCUACGGCGGCGGCUAUGGCGGCGGCUAUGGCGGCGGCUUUGGCGGCGGUGGUGGUGGUGGUUUCGGCGGCGGUUUUGGCGGUGGUUUUGGCUGGGGAGGCUGAUACGCUAGUGAAGUGUAAAGUUAUAAUGAAAUUUUGUCGGUAUUGACAUCUGUGAUGAUAACAUUCAAAUUAGAAAAAAUAAUAAAUUAAGUAUUCAAAAGUUUGUGUAUUUUACUUCACUCAUUAGCUAUAGUGCUUGCUUCGUCGUUAUUUUAACUCACCGGUAAACAACAUUACUAUGAAAUAAACAGACUUUGUCAUUCAUCA